AUCGGCGAGAAUGGUUAAAAUUUUGCGAUUUCAGUUGACUGUUCUAAAAUAUCUGUUCGUCUGGCCCAAGGACAGGCUCGACUCGAAAACUAACCGUAUUUUGAGCGUUUCUUACUUUACGCUGAGCGUCUUGUUCUGUUUACCCAUAUUAGGCGCAGUACUUUAUGAGGCCCUAAACGGAAUGAAAGAUCCGAAUAUCGCCAUCGAAGCAACGAUCGCGCUCUGUGACGCCACCGCCUACUACGUGGUGUUCCUCUGCUUUUUGAAAAACCAGGCAAAGAUCGCUGGGAUCGUAAAAGACGUCAACUUGUUUUUGAACUACUGUGAGGCAAAGUUGAUCGAGGAAAUCGACGCGACUUGCCACAAAUACACGAAGUGUGAGCGUUCAAAGCUGAAUUCACCGAUAGAUCAAGAUAAAUCAAAAUCCACCUAUGCUUGAUUUUUGAAUUAUUUG